AUUCCGAAACUCAGAAUCCACCAUGUUGCUUCCCUUCAGCGACACCGCAAAAACAUCAAAUCUCACAAGCAAUGACGGAAGAGGAGAAGAAAAAUGAGAAGAGAGCGAUAAGGAGAUGACAAAAAUGACGGAAGAGGAGAAAAAAAAUGAAAGAAAUUAGAGAGUGGGGUGCAAUAAUUAGGGUUUCAAAAAAUUUUAAAUAGAAGUGAAAGGAAUCUUUUAGUGGUCAAAGAAUCUUAUUUCUUCGUAAAGACAGGUAAAAGAGAAAAUUGGUGAAGAGCAGGAAAACUGGUCUAGAACUUUCCAACCACCUUCAAAUUCUGGGUAUAAAGAACACAGGUAAAUUCAGCAAGUUGAAGACCACAACAAAAUAACGGAAUAACGCAAAAAUGGCCACCGCUUCCCAAGCUCAACCCCAACCGCUUCCUCUUCAAGACCGAGUCGCAAUCGUCACCGGCUCCUCGCGCGGAAUCGGCCGCGAAAUCGCGAUUCACCUCGCUUCACUCGGUGCGCGAAUCGUCAUCAAUUACACCUCCAACUCGUCCCAAGCCGAGUCAGUUGCCGCUCAAAUCAACGCCAACUCCGCCACGCCGCGUGCCGUCGUCGUCAAGGCUGACGUGUCCGAACCGAGCCAAGUCAAGUCCCUCUUUGACUCUGCCGAGCGCGCCUUUGACUCGCCGAUCCACAUCCUGGUCAAUUCGGCAGGCGUCCUCGACGGCACGUACCCCUCCAUUGGGAACACCACCAUGGAGUCCUUCGACCACACCUUCGCGGUGAACACGCGCGGCGCGUUUGUGUGCGCGAGGGAGGCGACGAACCGGUUGAAGCGCGGUGGCGGGGGGCGGAUCAUUCUGGUGACGUCGUCGCAGGUGGCGGCGCUGCGGCCGGGGUUCGGUGUUUACGCUGCGUCGAAGGCUGCGGUGGAGGCGAUGGUGAAGGUGCUGGCAAAGGAGCUGAAAGGAACGCAGAUCACGGCGAACUGCGUGGCGCCGGGGCCCAUCGCAACGGAGAUGUUCUUUGAGGGGAAGUCAGAGGAGACUGUGAAUAGGCUCGUGCAAGAGAGUCCUUUGGGGAGGCUGGGUGAGACCAAAGACGUGGCUCCUGUUGUGGGGUUCUUGGCCACUGAUGCUGCAGAAUGGGUCAAUGGUCAAAUUGUUCGUGUCAAUGGCGGUUAUAUUUAAUCCACUUCCUUCACUUCAUUUUCAUCCACUUUCACUGAACAUCGAAAUAACAUGCCAGAGUUCACACACACACACAGAGUAUAAUCUCACAAUUUCAUCGUUCUUAUUUGUUUUCCUUUUCUUAUGUUAGUUUUAUCUAUACUUAAAAGUUGAAAGAUCCAUUCGCUAGUAAACUUUCAUCAGGUC